AUGACUUGCAGGUGGGUAAGAUUGAUUGUCGCUGCGGUUGUGCUGGCAAUAUUGACUAAGGUGGGAACCUGUCAAGAAAAUAACAGCACAGAUGAUCAUGCAAUAAACAAUGCCGAAAAACAAAGUGAUUUCGAUGAUCACAAAAAGGUCGACCUCAUUGCUUUACUUUACGCUCCAAAAAAGCAUUCAGAAAGUAGAAGAACUCACAAACGAGACGUUCUGUUUAAUAAUUCCUACCGACCUCCUCGAUCCAGCAGUUGCUGUUCCAGAAACGUAGACUGUUGUCGAAGCAGAUCAAAUUCAAAACCUUCUAGUUGUGUGAAUUCAUUUCUGAUUGAACAACUGCGAGAAACGAACAACAAUCUGAAUCGUCUCUUAGAUUGCUUCGAAAAAUAUUGUCCGAAAACGCGAAGACCCGCCUGUCAAUGCUCAGCAGAUAUUUCUUUCCGUACUGAAUGUGUUACCGAGGCCGCAGAAGAGGAUCCCAUUGUUGGUGAUGUCUUUUUCGAAGAGGAGACCACAACGACCGAGGAUCCGACUACAACUACGACCACCGAAGAACCUACCACAACGACCACUGAAACGACGACUACGACAACGGAGGAACCAACUACUACUACUACUACUACCACAACCACCACCACUGUUGCCCCUACUACUACUACAGAGCGAUGUUCCUGCUGCAAGAAUUGUAAAGUAUGCAUGGUUUGUGACGACUAGGUUCUGGUACAACAGACUACAUUUCAUCUAGACGAUCAAGUGAAUUAUUAAGUUUUAAUGGUUAGAUUACAAUUAGUUUUUAUGAUUUAAAUAAUGGAUGAUUUGGAUGUAGAUAAUCAGAUAGUACGAAAGAUGAAGAGGUUUUAUGCUUACUGGAAUAGGAAUUAAUAACUGUCAACUUCAGUAGGCUUUUCCACGCUCCAAAUAAAUAAAUAUAUCUCUUGUUUUUUUUUUAAUAAGAAAUUAAUGACAGUAAACGAAUAAAUAUUUCGGGUUAGACUAUA